CACAGUGCAGCCAGUUUCUGAGCCGGCUUCACAUGUGCCUGGUGCUGGCCACAGAAGACCCACGGAGCAUCUGCCGUGGAUGCAGGUGAGCGCAGAGACCAGGCCCAGGCACACACCCAGCAAAGCCACAGCUCUUCGGGACAGAGGAAGAUUCCUACAGCCUGCCCCUGGGCAGGCACUGCCUACCCGGUCUCCAGCCUCUGUCCUCAGGUCACAGACCCCAGUGACCUCUGCCUACUGCAAGAGGAGUUCCUCCUGGGCCCAAGUGGACAUCAGACCUCUGAGACCAGCCUCCAGGUGUUCCUUCCCUUUACAGAUGAGGGGAACUGAGGCACAGGGCAGUGGAAAGAGAUGGGCAGGGGUGAAUGGAGCCAGGACUCUGAUCAAGGACGGCCUGACUCAGUCUCAACACCAUUGGAUGGGGGAAUGGCGGGAUGGGGGAGUGGCGGGAUGGGGGGCCCGUUGUUCGGCAAGCUCCCCGAGCCCCCAGGGAACAGAUCUCAGGAGAAUGGAGGUGCAGGUCAGUGGGCCCAAAGUCCUUUCGUACGUCGGGGCCUCAGUUUCCCCACCUCAGCUGCGGAUCAUCUCUUCACCCCAAAGCCAUUAUGAUCACCAUGGCAACCAGACUGUGUUUGUUCCAACAGGUUGGCAGAACCUGACGCAAGUCGGUAACAGGGGUGGGGUAGGAGGGAAGCAUCAGGUCCAGAUCCUAGAAGGGGGGGGGUCUGCUGCCCAGACCCAACACCCAUCCCCUGCAAAGGGGGGUGCCCAAAGCCCAGGCCCCCUGGCGGGUCAUCGGACAUCGGACAUCGCUGUCCCCGCAGUGGCUCCAUCUCCAGAGUCCUCCCACGCACAGCCACGGUCGCCUGGCCAGCCUGGGCAGGAUGGAGGGGGCUUGGGGUUAACACACUGCCACUCUGCCUCCUCCACCCGGCCAUCCUCGCUGUCUCCUGUCCCGGCAGACAGAGGUCAGGCUGGCGGGCCGGAGCUGGGGUCCACAGGUCUAGACAGGAGCCACGUCCACCCCCACUGUAUCUCCGCCAGGGUCGUGUCCAGGUUGAGUGGGGGCUCAUGGGACCCCACGGCCCUGGGCCCAGCUGCCCACGCUCUCAGGAGGCCUCUGGGGGCCCGCUUCACCUCACCAGGCUCCCCAGAACGGGCAUGUGCCUUCCCUCAGCUCCGGGGUCCCAGGACUCCCCACGCCACGGGGGGCAGGCCCCAGGUCAACGCCCCACCUCUAAGUGGGCCUCCCAAAGCCAUGGAGUGUCCGGUGGUGGUGUCCGGCCUGGGCUGGUCCGGGCUGCAGCCCUGGGGCAGACAUCUUCCCACGGAGACCCCGGCCCUGCGGCGCGGGCUGCUUGGUUCCUGCGUCACAUUUGUCUCGGGGGCCGAGAGCCCCCCUGGCCCCAUCGCACACGGAUGCGGCUGCCGGUUGCCCUGGCAACGGGUCAGGACAGCUGCCCCUCGCCCCUCGCCCCUCGCCGGGGUGGCUGUGGUCAGCGGGUUAGUGCAGGGUGAGGGCGGCGGGGUCUUCGGGGUCCCCACCCCGGCCGGGCUCCUCCCUGCAGAGGGCCGCUGUGUCCCAGCAGGAAGCCGGGCUGCUUCCUGCCGGCAGGAUGCCCACGCCGCCGCGUUACCACAGCAACAGGGAGGCGGAGACCCAGGCCACGGGUCGUUCCUGGCUGUGAGGGCUGACCGGACUCUGAGCUGA